CCCGACUGGACUGGACUACACGCCGCUCGCGCUUCGUUGCAGUCACCACGCGACAGGUUACGGCUCUUUGUUGCUGCGCUGCCGCAGAGCACUUUCCAGAAUCAACUUUCGAGCAAUAACAGAGCAGCAACAGCCCUCAGCUGCGAGGCGCCUCAAACACGCUUGACGCCGCCGACGCGCGCUAGAUGAUGAUGCUCUACACCCUGCUCUUGCUGAGCAACCACAUCGUUGCCUUCCGCCCGCCGCAGCGCUUGCUACGACGGGCACCACCGCGACACGCAACAACGACGACGGACGUGAAAGUAUACAUAGAAUCCACGGACUGCUUCAAGGUGACCUUCUACGCGAACUACUUCAAGUGGCUCGAGUACGGCCUGGGCAAACGCCUCCGAGCCGUCGACGGCAUGGCUUAUAGGAGACCAGCGGUCCUCGGCGACCAACUCACGGUGCACACGACGCCCUUCGAGGACGGCUCGAGCAACCACGCCCAGACUAUCGAGCGGGACGGCGUGCAGCUGAUGACGGUGCGAAGAACAAGUGACGAGGAGGUCACCCCGAGCGCCGCGCCGGCCCCCAUCUUCGGGAAAGUUAGGUUGUCAAUGCAGCACACGUGCCGCCACGACGACUUGGACGGGCGCGACGGCGGGUUGUCGCUCGAUUCCUGUUUGAGGGCCUUCGAGCGGUCGCGUUCCACAUUCUUGGGCGGACCGGACGACCUCGCGGCGCUCCUCGCGGACGGCAUUUCGGUGGUCGUCGCGGGCGUCGACGGCCUGAGGCAUGCGACGGUCCCCGCAAACAUCGGCGACGCCGUGGAGGUCAUCGCCGACGUCAGUCAGGUGAAGACCCGCAUCGUCUUCGACCAGUACGUGGCAGUGAACGGCGCGCCGGCGGCCUUCGCGCGGAUCUCGUGUGUGUGUGUCGACGUGAUCCGGGGGCGGCCCGUGGCGCCGCCCGACGUCGUGGUGUCGAAGUUUAACAAGGAUUAGUAC